AUGUCGAUUGAGGCUGAGAGAGAGAUGGCUGCAAAUGGAAAUAGCUAUAACGCAAACGGCCAUCUUGAUUAUGAAGAUUUAUCCCAAUUGUAUGAUUACCAAGUUGAUUUUACAACACCUGGUAACAUCAGCUUAGCCGCCAGACAAAUACACUCUCAAAAUAAAACGAGCGACAAGGAAGCUGAUAUGAGUGGUUCACCAUUUGGAAUUUCAGCCAACCCGGAAGGUGGAUAUGCUGUUGGCGGUGCAAAAACGGGAUUGCCUUUGGGUAAAGCGACGGUAUACGAUAAGAUGGUCGGUAAUAUCGACUACGUUCUUGCCUUCAUCACCCGGUCCGAUGACCAAAAACAACUCGCAAAACUGAGGAAAUAUGGAGGGAAAAAGGCAGUCAUAGGCGAGGCAAGGUCACCAAAGUUUUGA